AAUUUCUUUCAAACCCCGAAUCAGGCCUGUAGGAACCCUUCUCUCUCCCUCAGUCCCCCCCUCAGAGAAGUCCAAUUUCUAGGGUUUUCUGUUGCUCUCCUCCUCCGUCUCCGACCGAUUGGGAGCACGAUCAGUCCCUGUUAGACGUACUCAAAUCAUACGGCAUGUCGCUGAGGCCGAGCGCGAGGACCGAGGUCCGCCGGAACCGCUACAAGGUGGCGGUGGACGCCGAGGAGGGACGUCGCAGGAGAGAGGACAACAUGGUGGAGAUCCGGAAGAGCAAGCGCGAAGAGAGCUUGCUGAAGAAGCGUCGCGAAGGCCUCCAAGCCCAGCAGUUCGCGCCAUCUCUCCAGCCCUCAAAUCUCGAGAAGAAGUUAGAGAGUCUUCCUGCCAUGGUUGCUGGGGUUUGGUCUGACGACAACAAUUUGCAGCUGGAGUCCACUACGCAGUUCAGAAAACUUCUUUCGAUUGAACGAAGCCCUCCGAUUGAGGAAGUUAUCCAAUCUGGAGUGGUUCCUCGCUUUGUCGCGUUCCUCAUGAGGGAGGAUUUUCCACAACUUCAGUUUGAGGCUGCUUGGGCUCUUACAAACAUAGCGUCAGGAACCUCAGAGAACACCAAGGUGGUGAUUGAGCAGGGGGCAGUCCCAAUCUUUGUAAAGCUUCUUGCUUCUCCGAGUGAUGAUGUUAGGGAGCAGGCUGUGUGGGCAUUGGGAAAUGUUGCUGGUGAUUCCCCUAGAUGCCGUGAUCUUGUCCUCGGCAGUGGAGCCUUGAUGCCGUUGCUGGCUCAGUUGAAUGAGCAUGCAAAGCUUUCAAUGCUGAGAAAUGCAACAUGGACUCUGUCUAACUUUUGCAGGGGCAAGCCACAGCCUCCAUUUGACCAGGUGAAGCCAGCACUUCCAGCUCUUGAACGUUUAGUUCAUUCCAAUGAUGAAGAAGUCUUGACAGAUGCCUGCUGGGCACUUUCAUAUCUCUCUGAUGGUACGAAUGACAAAAUCCAAGCUGUGAUUGAGGCAGGUGUCUGCGUCCGACUUGUGCAGCUCCUCUUACAUCCAUCUCCUUCUGUUCUCAUUCCGGCACUUCGCACUGUUGGUAAUAUUGUGACUGGAGAUGAUCUUCAGACUCAGUGUAUUAUUAACAAUGGUUCACUCCCAUGCCUUCUGAGCCUGUUGACUCAUAAUCAUAAAAAGAGCAUCAAGAAAGAAGCUUGCUGGACAAUCUCAAACAUUACAGCUGGAAAUAGGGAUCAAAUACAGUCUGUAAUUGAAGCUGGUUUGAUCGGUCCUCUGGUCAACUUGCUUCAACAUGCUGAGUUUGACAUAAAGAAAGAAGCUGCAUGGGCAAUCUCAAAUGCUACUUCUGGUGGAACUCCUGAUCAAAUCAAGUACCUGGUUGGCGAAGGCUGUAUAAAACCAUUGUGUGAUCUUCUUGUAUGCCCUGAUCCAAGGAUCGUUACUGUCUGUUUAGAAGGGUUGGAGAACAUUCUGAAGGUUGGGGAAGCUGAAAAAGCUGCGGGUAACAGUGGAGAAGUUAACUUGUAUGCCCAGCUGAUUGAUGAUGCUGAGGGUCUAGAAAAGAUUGAAAAUCUACAGAGUCACGACAACACUGAGAUCUAUGAGAAGUCUGUAAAAAUUCUUGAGACAUAUUGGUUGGAGGAAGACGAAGAGACAUUACCAGCAGGAGAUGGUACCCAGCAAGGCUUCCGCUUUGAAGGGAAUGAGGUUCAGGUUCCAUCUGGUGGAUUCAACUUUAGCUGAAGGGGCUUUUAAUUGAAUGGAGCAGAAGUUCUGAUGAGGGUCAAGUUUGGGGUCAAGUCUGGUCAAGUUGGAGUGGGUCGGCGGCAUCUCUAGUGUCUGGUUUCAGUCUGGUCCGGCAACCAUCGUGGUCAGAGAUGCCAAGGGUGGGUCAGGUCAGUAUAUUCUACUAUGACCGAAUAAGAAGAGAUUGAGUUGUGGCACAUGACGUUUGGUCGGGAGGGGUCAUCAUCGCUGCCUCGUACCUUGAAAUACUAUGGAAGUGUCGUAGAGGCUCGUUGCUGCGUGAACAGGGCCCUUGAACGAAUGUGCUGGUGAGGGUUUUCUUGAAUGCAGCAUUGAGUCCGAUCUUUUUUUUUAUAAUUUGGAGUCGAUGAUUUGUUUUGCCUUGUCGAGUGAAUAUGGAAUUGAACUCCUCAUUUUCUGGUGUAUUGCAAGGAAAAUGAUCAGGGGUGUUUUAGUAAUAUGACAUUGUGAUUAUUGUAUUAUAUUCUUUCCAUAUUUCCAACUUUUAUAGCUUGGGCCUUGUUAGGUUUCA